AUGCGUCGCCUCGGCCCUCCAACCACCCUCACCAACAACCCGCGGAUAUAUGCGCUCUUAUUGACAUACCACAUACAGUCGAUCGUCUCCGGCGUGCGCGCGGCCAUGGAGGAGUUCGACGAGGCCGACGUCCUGUGGCCGGACCACCAAGAGGACGAAGAACCUGUCAAAGUACAAGACCGCCAGCAGCAGCAGCGUGUGUCACCGGCGAUCAAGCCGCACGACAAGAUCGAGGCGGCGCGUCGCCCGGCGGGCUCGUCGUCGGCGCCGAUGGUCAUCCCCGUGGCGCCAAGGCCCCCGAUGAUGAUGGAUUAUGGCUCGUGGGCGCGGAGGUACCACAGCGACGGCGUCGGGGGCGCGUCGUUCGUGGCGCCGCACGUGAUGACGGCGAGGCGGCGGUGCGCGUCUUCGGAGGAGAGGUCGGUGUGCGUGGGGCAGGGGCGCACGCUCAAGGGCCGCGACCUCCUCUAUGUCCGCACCGCCGUGCUCCGCCUGACCGGCUUCCUCGAGACCUGACGGCCGUCGAUCCAUCGACAUCGAGUCACCACCGCGCUUGAUUUCAGCAUCCCGUAGCGAACCACCCCAGCAGUUUUUUCGUGCCACCCGAGUCCGAGUCCAUUCCAUGCUUAAUUAUGAUAUAUGAGUGUCAGUCAAUUCCCGAGAAACAAAAUGGAGUCAAGUUUUCACCGAUGAUGCAAAAUAUGCUUAAUUAUGA